CUUCAGUGAGGAAACCAAGCUGAAGACAUGAAGAUAAAACUCUCAGGCAUUAUCGCAUAAAAAGAAAACACCUUAAAAAAGUUUUUGGAUAGUUUUUGACGUCAUGUUGCGUGUUGUUGUGGAGUCUGCUUCGGGUCUUCCUAAAAAGAAGCUCGGCAGCCCAGACCCCAUCGUGUCUGUGGUGUUUAAAGGUGAAACAAAGAAAACUCGGUCCAUAAGCAGUGAAAUUAAUCCUGUCUGGAAAGAGACACUCGAAUUUGACUUAAAGGGUUCUCCUCUUGAAUCCUCCUCCUUCAUUGAUGUGAUUGUAAAAGAUUUUGAGACCAUUGGAAAAGACAAGUUUAUUGGCUCUACAAAAGUCUACUUGAAAGACCUUGCGAGUGGUCAAGCGAAGUCUCUGCCUUCGAAAAAUGUAAAUUUGGUCAAUGACAGUGGGCAAAAUAUUGGAGCCACGAUUGAUCUGGUAGUUGGUUAUGAGCCACCAGCUAACUCUCCACCGAACCCAAACGAUCAACAAGAUGGCGGUGUGGCAGGAAACACAGGUGGGGCAGAUGGAGAUACAGAUGGAGAUGCCACUGAUACAGGGGGUUUACCAUCUAACGCUCAGCCAGGCCAGAAACUUCAGUUUAGGGCCAAAAAACAACGGCCUUUAUCCAACAAACCGCAAGACUUCCAGAUACGGGUCCGGGUCAUAGAGGCCCGACAGUUGCCUGGAAACAACAUAAAGCCUGUUGUGAAAAUACACGUUUGUGGAGAAACCCACAGAACUCGCAUCAAAAGAGGAAAUAACCCGUUCUUUGAUGAGAUGUUCUUCUACAAUGUCCACAUGCUACCAUCAGACCUUUUCGAUCAACAUGUCAGCAUUCGGGUGUAUAACUCUGCAUCACUGAGAGCUGACAGUCUUAUGGGAGAAUUUAAGAUUGAUGUUGGUUACAUUUACGAUGAACCAGGUCACUGUGUCAUGAGGAAAUGGCUGCUUUUAAAUGACCCUGAUGAUUCGAGCUCUGGAGCAAAAGGCUACGUGAAAGUCAGCAUGUUUAUUGUGGGGACUGGGGACGAUCCACCGGUGGAGAAGAGGGAGCAGGACGGUGAUAAUGACGAUGUUGAGAGUAACCUUCUGCUGCCAGCUGGGGUGGCACUGAGAUGGGUUACACUGCAGCUCAAGGUGUUUCGUGGUGAGGACAUCCCCCAAAUGGAUGACUCCAUCUCUCAGUCAUUGAAAGAGGCAUUUGGAGGAGAAAGUAAUAAAAAGAAUUUAGUAGACCCAUUCGUGGAGGCGUGGUUCGCUGGGAAGAAGCUGUGCACAAACAUAAUUGAGAAGAACGCAAACCCUGAAUGGAACCAGCUGCUUAAUCUUCAGGUUAAGUUUCCGUCAAUGUGUGAACGGAUCAAACUGACCAUAUUCGACUGGGAUCGCCUCACAAGAAACGAUGCCGUAGGCACUACGUUCUUGAACCUGGCCUCAAUAGCGUCCUCUGGUGGUGAAGUUGAAGAGGAGGAUCCAGGAAAUGGGUUUCCAGGAUAUACAGGAGAAACUGGAGAGACUGAGGUUGGAUUUCUGCCUGCAUUUGGCCCAAGCUACAUUAACCUGUAUGGCAGCCCAAGAGAGUUUACAGGUUUCAUAGAUCCUUAUGAAGACCUUAAUUUUGGAAAGGGCGAAGGGGCAGCCUACAGAGGACGGAUACUUGUUGAGCUUUCCACUAAGCUUAUAGGAAAGGCAGAGAAGGAAGUGGAGGUCAUAUCAAAUGAUGACAUCUUGGUUGCUCAGAAAUACCAGCGAAGGAGGAAGUACUGCCUGUGUGCUGUGUUCCACAGUGCCACCAUGAUACAAGAGCCUGGAGAACCUAUUCAGUUUGAAGUUAGCAUUGGGAACUAUGGCAACAAGCUGGACUCUACAUGCAAGCCUUUUGCUUCAACCACUCGUUACAGCUGUCCCAUGUUUGAUGGUAAUCAUUACUACUACUUGCCCUGGGCUAACACAAAGCCAGUUGUUGCCGUGAUGUCGUCUUGGGAGGAUAUCAGUCAUCGCUUAGAUGCUGUUAACAUCAUUCUCCACAUUGCAAACCAUUUGCAAGAUAAUAUCACAGAGCUGAAAACUGCAGUACUGGCUAAAGUCCCUGACACAAAACUGUUUGAGAUUUUGACCAAGCUUUUAAGCCAACUUAUGGAGGACAUCAGCAGCAUUAAACUGCCAGAACUUGAGGGCAAGGCUAACCUCACAGCCCUGGACAUCCAGAUCAAGAAGCUAAGAGACAGCACCUUGCAGAGCAUCUUGGCCGCAGCUGAGUACAUGUUACAGGAGAGUGAUAACAUUACGGAUAGUGUGGCCACCAUUGACAGCUGGCUGGACAAACUUAAACAACUGGCUGAGGAGCCCCAGAACAGCAUGCCUGAUGUGAUUAUUUGGAUGUUGAGAGGAGAGAAACGGGUGGCUUACAGUCGCAUUCCAGCCCAUCAAGUCCUUUAUUCAGUGUACAGCGAGCAGGCAUGUGGCCAAUACUGUGGAAAAACCCAGACCAUCUUUUUAAAGUACCCAAUGGAUAAAAACAAAGGUUCCAAGAUCCCUGCCCAAAUACGGGUGAAUAUGUGGCUGGGAUUAGUCGGAGUCGAGAAAAAGUUUAAUGCUUAUGCUGAGGGAACGUUCAAUGUCUUCGCAGAACUGUAUGAGAACCAGGCAAAACUAUUGGGCAAGUGGGGAACUUCGGGUCUGCUGAAUCGCCCUAAGUUCUCUGACGUGACUGGCAAAGUGAAACUAAAGCAGGAGUAUUUUAUGCCCCCUCAAGGUUGGCAGUGGGAACGUGACUGGUUUGUGGAUCCAGAGAAAAGUUUGCUGACGGAGGCUGAUGCAGGACACAGUGAGUUUGUGGACGAGGUUUUUGAGAAUCAGACUCGUUAUCCUGGAGGAGAGUGGGCAGCAGCAUCAGAGCCGUAUACAGAUGUGAAUGGAGAGAAAUCUCGUCCACCGGAAGAGUUCGAGUGUCCAAGUGGAUGGAAGUGGAUGGAUGAGUGGACCUUUGAUGAUAAAAGGGCAGUAGAUGAAAGAGGUUGGGAAUAUGGACUCACAAUUCCUCCUGAUGAUAAGCCUAGGUCGUGGGUGGCGGCUGAGAAAAUGUACCAUAUUCACCGCCGUAGAAGAAAAAUCAGACGGCGCAAAAAAGUGGCUGGUGGUGCCUCACCCACUGAGAAAAAAGAUUUAGGAAAUACAGAAGGUUGGGAGUUUUCUUCUCUUAUUGGAUGGAAAUUUCAUCAAAUGGAGCGCUCUUCUGAUUCGUUCCGCAGACGCCGCUGGAGAAGGAAGAUGGAACCUUCAGACAAUGUUGGGGCAUCAGCCAUCUUUAAAUUAGAAGGAGCACUGGGAAUUGAUAUAGAAGGAAAGGGGGAUGAAAAGGGGUCAAAAUCAGAUGCCACUAACUUGUUUGGAGCCAAUACACCCAAUGUGUCGUGUACUUUUGAGCAAUUUUAUGAAUACCACCUACGAGUCUAUGUGUACCAGGCCAGAAGCCUGCUAGCCUUGGACAACGAUAGUUUCUCCGAUCCAUAUGUGCAUGUGUCAUUCUUACACAUGAGCCAAACCACAGAAACAGUCAAGUCCACCUUGAACCCAACCUGGGAUCAAACUCUUAUCUUCAACAAAGUGAAAAUCUAUGGGGAUCCACAAACCCUUGCUCGCAACCCGCCUCAAAUCGUGUUGGAAAUAUUUGACAACGACCAAGUGGGCAAGGACGAGCUCCUGGGCAGGAGUAGCUUCCUGCCAUUAGUGAAACUCAACCCAGCCAUGGAUACAUCUCCUAAGCUUCUCUGGUGUCCUGUCAUGCACAAAGAAAAGCCUGCUGGACAAAUACUGGUUUCUGCAGAACUCAUUUUAUUCAACAAGGAAAGUGAGACCGAACUUCCUCUAGCUCCUCCAAAGAGAGGAGACGUACUCUACAUGGUGCCUCAGGGGGUUCGUCCUGUAGUGCAGCUCACAAUGAUAGAGAUUCUGGCAUGGGGUUUGCGCAACAUGAAGACCUACCAGUUGGCACCUGUUACCUCACCAAGCUUGGUGGUUGAGUGCGGAGGUGAGAGAAUUCAGUCUGCAGUCAUCAAGAACAUGAAAAAGAGCCCCAACUUUCCUGGAAAUGUUCUUCAGCUGAAAGUGCUCUUGCCCAAAGAGGAGAUGUACACACCUCCAAUUGUGUUGAAAGUUAUUGAUCAUAGGCCAUUUGGGAGGAAGCCUGUAGUAGGCCAGUGCACCAUUGACUCACUGGAAGAAUACAGAUGUGACCCAUAUAGCACCGUGGCUGAAGUGGCUAUGUCAUCUAAAGUGGCGUUGAUGGCAGCGGCUCCUCAAGACCUCCACAUAAACAUAGAAGAACGGCCUCUACUUGAAACACAGUUCAUGUACGGCAUCUCAACAGCAUUUGACAAAAUGGGUCCAUCUUUUCCACGCCGUCAAGAGAAGGAGAAAGAAACGAUUGAUUGGUGGAGUAAGUUUUAUGCUUCAAUUGGAGAACAUGAGAAAUGUGGCCCAUACCUUCAGAAAGGAUAUGACACCCUGAAGGUAUUCAGCUGUGAACUUGAAAAUGUGGCUGAUUAUAAGGGGCUGACUGAUUUCUGUAACACCUUCAAACUCUACCGUGGAAAGAGCGACACCGGUGAAGAUGAUCCUUCUGUAGUAGGAGAGUUUAAGGGAUCCUUCAAGCUCUACCCUCUUUCAGAUGAUCCGGGAGUACGUUCACCUCCACAGCAGUUCAGAGAGCUUCCUGACAGCGGCCCUCAGGAGUGUAUCGUCAGGAUCUAUGUGAUCAGAGCAGUUGACCUGCAACCCAAAGACAACAACGGUUUAUGUGAUCCAUACAUUAAGAUCACUUUGGGAAAGAAGACCAUGGAUGAUCGAGACAAUUACAUCCCGAAUACUAUAAACCCAGUGUUUGGAAGAAUGUUCGAGACGUCAUGCUUCCUCCCUCAAGACAAAGACCUGAAGAUCUCGGUUUAUGACUUCGAUCUGCUUACUCGGGAUGAGAAAGUUGGAGAGACGGUGAUUGACCUGGAGAACCGUUUACUUUCUCGGUUCGGGUCCUACGCUGGUCUGCCGCAGACGUACUGCAUAUCUGGGCCAAAUCAGUGGCGAGAUCAGCUGAAGCCGUCGCAGAUUCUUCAGCACCAUGCUCGUCUGAAGGGAGUGAGUCCUCCGAGAUCUGAGGACAACUGGAACACCUUGAGUUUCAACGGCCGGGAAUAUCUGCUCUCUGACUUUGAGGCUAACACAGAACUUCACCAGCACCUGGGCCCACCGAGCGAGCGGAUUGCUCUGCACGUUCUUAGGACACAAGUCCUCGUACCAGAGCACGUGGAAACUAGAACACUUUACAGCACCUUCCAACCCACACUGUCUCAGGGAAGUCUUCAAAUGUGGGUUGAUGUUUUCCCCAAAAGCCUCGGACCUCCUGGACCUCCUUUUGAUAUUUCCCCACGCAAGGCUAAAAAACAUCAUUUGCGUGUCAUCAUCUGGAAUACCACUAAUGUUAUUUUGGAUGAAACCAGCGUCACCGGAGAGCGUAUGAGUGACAUCUAUUUGAAGGGCUGGAUGGCAGGAAAAGAGGAAGACAAGCAAAAGACUGACGUCCAUUACAGAUCUCUUGAUGGUGAUGGAAAUUUCAACUGGAGAUUUGUCUUCGAGUUUGAUUACUUGCCUGCUGAGCAACUGUGCCUGGUUUCCAAAAAGGAACAUUUUUGGAGUCUCGACAAAACAGAAUUCCGAGUCCCACCUCAGCUGAUCAUUCAGAUAUGGGACAACGAUAAAUUCUCCUUGGAUGAUUACCUCGGGACUGUUGAAUUGAAUAUGAACAACCUCAUCCCCCCUACAAAAACACCUGAGAAAUGUAGCCUGCACAUGCUGGAUAAUGUGAAUAAAACACAUCAGAAAUUUGACCACUCCAAGUCCCUGUUUGCUCAGAAGUCGGUCAGAGGAUGGUGGCCCUGCUACCUAGAGAAAGAUGGAAAGAAGGAGCUUGGGGGGAAAGUAGAGAUGACACUGGAGAUAGUGAAUGAGAAGGAGGCAGAUGAGAGGCCUGCAGGAAAAGGCAGAGAUGAACCCAACAUGAAUCCAAAGCUCAACCCACCCAACCGACCCGAAACGUCUUUCUUCUGGUUCACAAACCCAUGCAAAACCCUGAAGUUCAUUGUAUGGCGGAGAUUCAAGUGGCUGUUUAUUGGCUUGGUUUUAUUGCUAUUAGUUCUGCUGUUCCUUGGAAUCCUUCUUUAUUCAUUACCGAACUACAUCUCAAUGAAAAUCGUGCAGCCAAUUAAAUGAGAUGUACAUCUGCUGUGAAGACGGCAGCCUGCAAGAACACCCAUGUCAAACUAACUCAUCCAAGUAUUUUUAAGACGUGAUGCUGGAAUACAGAUUUUACUGUACUGUUUUAAUAGCAGUCAUAUUUGAAUCAACUAAAGUGCCUUUUUUUUGCAAUACAUCCAGUCACUUACAUCCAGUAACAUCCAGUAUCUAAAAGCUGGUAUGAAAAAUGAGUUUUAAACCAAUGCCACAUUCAUUAUAGAUGAACAGAAAUAUAAUCUGAAUUUUAAUGCAAGACACUACAGCUAGAAAUGACAAGUUUGGUAGUAUAUUUUUGUACCUAUACUUAAAUUGUACUAAUAAAAAUAUCUGCACUCAACAAAA